CACAACUGAAAUUUCAAAUCUGGGACGACGUUUUAAAAAUUUACUGAUUCUUUUUCAAGUGGCUCUUGUUGCUUUAUUCCGCCAGUUGAUUCCUUCAUUUUUUUAUUGCGGAUUAUUCCGGGAUGGUCUGUUGAGGGAGCGCUGAGUGUCAUCUGCGCAGGAGCUGCUUAUUGCGUCUUUGCACUGUGUGUGUUUUGUUGACUGUCGACCCCCGUCAUCACCAUGUCGGACCGGCCGCGUCGCACCCGCUCCACCUCGCCCUCAUCGGCCUCCUCCUCGCCGGCCUCCUCGGUGACGCGGACCCCCUCCGUCUCUCCCGCCCCCGACACCCCGCCGCGUCACCGCCGCCGCUCCACCUCCCCAGCAGCAGCCCGCAGCGCCGCCGUUCCGCCCGCCACUCCUCCCCCGAAGUGACCCCCACCGGGCCCCAGCGUCCCCGCGGCCAACAGCCCCGCAAACAGGUGGCCGUCAAGUCUAGCGCCGGCCGACACUUGCCCCGUGGCAGCGGCCCCGGGAUGAACCCCAACCGCAUGGCUCGGAAGCGCGCCAUGCCGCACCCGCCGCCCGCGUCGGGCCGGCGCCGUCCCGCUCCCGGAGGGCCGCCGGGGGGACCGCCGGGCGGGCCGGGAGAUGGCGGACAUGGUGGACGGGGUCCCGGACGCGGACGUGGACGCGGGCGUGGCCGCGGACACGGACCGGGUGGGCGUCGUCUGCGGGCGGGCGAGGGCGCCCUGCGCGAGAUCCAGCGUCUGCAGCGCACGACGGGCCUGCUGAUCCGGCGGCUGCCCUUCCAGCGGCUGGUGCGGGAGAUCGUGCAGGACAUCUGUCGGUCGGCCAGCGCCGGGCCCGGCCGCGGGCUCAACUACUUCCACCGCGUCAAUCUCGGCGACUCCGAGACCUACCGCUUCCAGGCUUCGGCUCUCGAUGUCCUGCAGGAAGCGACGGAGGCGUAUUUCGUGCGGCUAUUCGAGGACGCCAACCUGUGCGCCAUCCACGCCAAACGCGUGACCAUCAUGCCGAAAGACAUGCAGCUGGCCAAGCGGAUCCGCGGCGAAUCCCGCUAAAUACAUUGCCAUUUGUUUCCUACUGCAGUAUUUGUUUUAUGGGGAAGUUUUGAUGGAAAUUCUGUGGUGUUAAUUUGUUGAUUGUUUGGGGUGUGGUCAGAUUGUGUACAUUCCGUGUAGCGCGUCUUCGCCAUAUUUUUCUGCGGUUUCUUACUUUUCGCAUCUGCCGUGCUUGCCGAGAAUUUCAUGUUUUUACAAUCUCAAUUUUUUAUAGAUAAACGAGGAGGCUGAUAGAUAAUCUUUUUAUAGAAUGACGAGGGAAAUUUGUAAUUUUUUUUAGCAAUCAUGUUAGGCAGUGUUUUUCGUUGAUUAAAUUCG